AUGGCGUCAACGGAUCCUACGAAAUCUUCGUUUACUACGCAAACAGAAAAACCGAAUCACUAUACCUACCUUAAGGAAUUCCGCGUCGACCAGUGUCCAUCGUUCCUGCAACAUAAAUGCAAUCAACAUCGGCCAUUCGUGUGCUUCCAUUGGCACUUCAUGAAUCAGCGCCGCCGUCGACCUGUCCGCAGACGAGACGGAUCAUUCAACUAUAGUGCUGAUAAUUAUUGCCCAAAAUAUGACGAAACGACAGGAAUCUGUCCGGACGGCGAUGAUUGUCCAUUUCUACACCGCACAGCUGGUGACACUGAGCGACGGUAUCAUUUGCGCUACUACAAAACGUGCAUGUGCGUACACGACACAGAUGCCCGAGGGUAUUGCGUUAAAAACGGACACCAUUGUGCAUUUGCGCAUGGCAUUCACGAUCAGCGCCCGCCGGUGUACGACAUCAAAGAACUGGAGGCACUCCAGAAUGUUGAAGAAGCCGGAGAAGGGCUGAACGGACCCAACGUUCUCGAUAAGGAGCGCAACCUUAUGAACGAGGACCCCAAAUGGCAGGACACCAACUACGUGCUGGCGCACUACAAGACGGAACCGUGUAAGCGUCCUCCGCGGCUGUGUCGUCAGGGCUACGCUUGUCCACAGUUCCACAACAGCAAAGACAAACGUCGUAGUCCUAGAAAGUUCAAAUACAGAUCUACUCCGUGUCCGAACGUGAAGCAUGGCGAAGAAUGGGGUGAACCAGCAAACUGUGAAGCCGGCGACAACUGCCAGUACUGCCACACACGCACAGAGCAGCAGUUCCAUCCGGAGAUUUACAAGUCGACCAAAUGCAACGACGUGCAGCAAGCAGGAUAUUGUCCUCGCUCAGUGUUUUGUGCGUUUGCACAUGUGGAACCCUACAUAGUAAUGGAAGAGGAACCGCAGAACAUGGCGCUGACUGAUAUGCGCUCAUCUGUACUGUCAUCGGCAGAUGGCGUAGGCCCUUCGUCGGGUAGCGGAGUGUCGGGCGGCGGAAAUAGCGCUGCAGGAGGCCCGGUCGCUGGAAGUGUUGUAGGAGCAGCAGUCCUUGGUGGUGUUGGAGGUGUCGGCAAUGGUGGAACAUCCGGACCAAAUGUUGCAGGAGGUUCGCUGGUGUCUGCCGUUGUCGGAUCUGGCACCAAAAAGGACUCCCACGAUCUAGGGAAUCUUUCGUAUUUCCAGCUACUGCCGAAUGGCAGUGCUGAAAGCAGCGAGUCGGCAAGCACCAGCAGCCUAGGCUCAAAUAACAGCUCGCACAAUAAGGCACCAGGGUCGCAUUUGCAGCAGCAAAAACACAACGCCACGCUUCUGGGUAAUGGACACGGCGGAAAUCCGCUCGGCGGUUUGGGUUUAUUGAGCAACGGUGGUCAAAAUACUGCCAACUGCGGUAGUGCCAAUGCUAACUCACUUUUAUCAAACAUUGACUUCAAUCCGGAUUUAUCGAAACAGAUAAUUGCUAUCGACAAUGAUCUCUCUUUGAAUCCUAUCGAGCGCGAGCAGCGCAAGCGCAUGGCGUGUCUAACGUUUAAUAUACUUAAUGUAGGCUCACCGCUCGACGGUGGAAUGUAUGAUCUAGCCCGGCGUGACAAUAUGCAUGGACUCGAAAAUUCCAUCUCUGGUCUCAUGCCUUCGGGUCUAUUGGCAAGCAGUUCAGCGCCGGUCAACAUUCCAGGUUCAUCCGUGGGUAACUCAAUCACCGGCAUUCUUCAAGGCACGUCCGCACCGGUGAACAUUCCUGGCAGCUCUCUAGGCCACAAUUUUAGUCCCUCUUCGCAUUCGAACUUGUUCGGUUUACAUGAUCCAUUUGGGGCGCAUCACAUAGGCAGUGGUUCAGCACCGAAGCUGAGCAAUAAUUCUUACGGGCACAACCAUAACGAUAAUUUUUUCUUCCAUUCGAAUAACAUAAUUUCGCCUGUACUUGGAGACGGAUUGUCUGCUAGUCCCGAAAUAAGAAGAAUGUCGGAUCUCCCAUUAAGCAGUGAGUUAAGUAGUAACACAACGAAUCUGCUCUUUGGUGAUAAUCAGCACCAUCAGACGCAGCAGGCGCAACAAUCACAGCAGCAACACCUUCAUCAUCAGGCGCAACAAUCUCAGCAACAACAACUACCGCAACAACAGCAAUCACAGCAACAACAAGUGCAGCAACAAGCUCCACAACAGCAGCAACAACAACAAAUGAUGAACUGGGAAGAGCGUCUCAUGCAGGCGACUACAGCCUGCGAAGCAUGGAAAGCACAAAUGGAGGAAAGCAAUCGGAAGACGGUAAUUGCAGAGCAGCAGCGUGACGAAGCAUUGUCGCAUGUGAAAGCACUAAAGGAGCAGCUGGAGCAGCAAAGCUUGUCUGGAAAUGGGUGCGCAUCUAAUUAUCGUGUAUGUGAGCUACGCGGUAUGCCGUUAUCAAAAUUGAAAAAUAUACAGGCCAAAUUAAGGAAAGACAUGGAGGAGGUUGAAACAGUAUUAUACCAAGAGACGGCUAACAAAUGUAUGAAGUGCGAGGAAAAAAAUCGAUCGGUUACGCUCGUGCCGUGCAAUCACCUUGUCGUCUGUGAUACGUGCGCUACGACUCAGCGAGAAUGUCCCUAUUGUCAAACGCCAGUCACACCUAAGGCUUAA